GCUCUUCUCGAAAGCGCUUGGCUUGUGCCGCAAGGGACUGUUGUCGUCGCUUGAGCUUCCUUCCUGCCGCUGCCGGGCCCGAGUUUUCCCUAUUUUAAGUUCACUUAGACGUUUCUCUUGGUUUUCCUUCUUGUGCUUCCUUCCGACACCACUGCGACGAGAUGGAGAACGGCGCGCCACAGAGAGGACGAGGGGGGCCAGUGCGCGUUACCAAGACUCCCGAUGGCCGAACGGUGCAGAGUUUCCGCUCGCAUCCCAUCUACGGCUUUGAUAAAAUCAAGGAAAAGGUGAUGACAGAGCUGAACUGCCCACAAAUGGAACUCCCCCCCUUGGAUACCUCCGAGAAGAAGUUUAAUGCCCAGAGUCGUUUGUUUGUCGGAAACCUACCAAGAGACAUUCCCUAUGAAGAACUCAAGGAAUUGUUUUCUAAAUAUGGAGAACUUGGACAGGUGUACUUCAACAAGGAUGGGGCAUAUGCUUUUAUCAAUUUUGAUUACAAGGCCAAUGCAGAGAAAGCCAAAACAGAAUUGCAAGGAAAGAUGGUCAGGAACCGCCCAAUGAAGAUCCGCUAUGCCUCGGUUACAACGGGUGUGAAAGUUAAAAAUCUUACUCCAUACGUGUCCAAUGAACUGUUGCAUAAGUCCUUCUCGGUCUUUGGAGAGAUUGAAUCUUGCCGCGUGAUUGUUGAUGACCGUGGGAAAACUACUGGCGAUGGUGUGGUAGUAUUUUGUGAUAAGAAGGGUGCCACAAUAGCUUUGAAGAAGUGUCAAGAGGAGUGUUACUUCCUCACAAGCUCUUUGCGUCCAGUUAUUGUAGAACCCCUUGAGGCUGGCGAUGAGGAAGAAGGUAAUCCAGAAAACUCGAUGCACAAGAAUGAUGUGUACAGAAAUGAACGCAAAGAAGGCCCAAGAUUUGCUGAUAGAAAUUCCUUUGAAUUUGAGUACGGGAUGAGGUGGAAGCGCCUGUAUGAAAUGUAUAAGGAGAAGAAAAUGCUACUCGAGUCUGACCUCCAGGCAGAGAUGGAACAGCUGGAGGCAAGAUUUGCUCUAGUGCGACAUGAGCACGAGACUGAAAAGCUUCGAAGAGAGUUGAUGGCUCGUGAGGCAGAAGCAAUGCAAAUGGGAAGAUACCGCCAGUCAAGCAAUUAUCAGGUUAGUGAUGAGAGCCAUACUACACUUAUAUGCUCGCAGAGAACCGUUACUCUGACUACCACGGAAGUGCUCGUCCAAAAUGAAAGAUAUCAACAACAAGCACCACCAAUUUCCGCGAGGACAGGUACAGCCAAGGUCCACCCAGUGAAAGAUACCCACCUAGCACACCAGAGGACAGGUACCUGCAGCACGCAGCAACGAGUAUCCGCAACAAGGUACUUGCGAGUAUUCUGUGCUAUCAGUUACGACACCCCAAAAGUGUUUCUAUUUUUGAAAUGUUUGCACAAGUGUCCAGAGGUUAAAUGUGAAGUAUUCCAAAAAUAUUUUAACAGCAGUGUAGUCCUUACGAAAUUUACGUGUAAGCCGAUGAUAUGUUUGCUAGAAAUUGGCUGA